AUGGUUCUCGUGAAAGGGAUCAAGUAUGCUUGCGAAAGGUGUAUCAGGGGUCAUAGAGUUACCACCUGCAACCAUACAGACCAACCCUUGAUGAUGAUUAAACCUAAAGGUCGUCCAUCGACGACCUGUUCGCACUGCAAAGAACUGCGCAGAAACAAAAAUGCCAAUCCGACCGGCGCCUGCACCUGUGGUCGCCAGGAGAAGAAGCGGCUCGCUCAGAAAGCCAAGGAAGAAGCUCGUUCCAACUCAAAGUUGAAAGACGACAGUUGUAGAUGCAUCGAAGGCGACAAGUGCUCGUGCCAUGUGCGAAGAGCAACCCGAAGGUCCGCUUCCUCAAGAACCAAAGGCACUACCACCUCGUCGAUUGCCUCGGAAGACUCUCCAACAAUGUCAGCCCUGGAUGGCUCGGACUUUAUUGGAAGAGUCGGCAAGAAUCACGGCCUGAAUUCACUGCCGUCGUUCCACUCGUCUCAGUCGUUAGAUCGGGAUUUCAGUCUAGCCACAAGUCCGCCGUUUUCUCCAACUCUUCACGGUGGGAACCAUAAUGCCAGCAACUGGGAUUCCAGCUCGAUAACGAGCUCACUAAUGUCAGAAUCGAGGUUAAAUCUACUGGAUCGUGGGCAGCCCUCUUUUGUUCCUGGCCAUGGGGAUUCUGCCACCAAUGGAAACAAACAUGUAACGAAACAGGGCAAAACACGAAUAGGAGAGGCCCCGGCACCGCAAGAUGAAAUAUCAGACUUGAAUAGUCUCAGUGGUAGCUUCGAUAACAUGGGUUUCCAAAACCGUAUGGCAUGGCCGCAAACAGACACGAAGCAUGGACUGUUGGAUCUAUUUGCAGAUACGUCAGAGAAUGCUAACAUCGACUACAAAACUUUGAAGCAUAACCACCAUAAAGGCUGUGGCGUCACUUCAUCUGAAAAACCCAAGAGCCCAGGCUUAUCUCAAACGAACAAUGCAAGCUCCAGAUCGGUAUCGUAUCACCGAGACGUACCGAAGUCUUUAACAUCAAGGCCGUCCGUUGACAGCACCACUUCAGAUUCUUCAAGGUACUCCAUAAGUGGCUUGACUGGCCGUGACAGUUCGGCCACAACGCAUUCAAUAUCUCAAGUUCAAGGUGGACAUCAACCGUACAUUGAUGCGAGACAGCUUCAACCCCAUGCCUCUUUCGGUAAAGACAAUCACCCCCCUGGGUUUGCCAACUUGAAAGAUGAAAACUCACAAAGCGUAGAGGUUUUAUCCCUCACGCCAAGCUUCAUGGAUAUUCCAGACAACUCUAAUUUAUAUUCUGCCACUUCAAACCCAUUCUUGCAUGCCCAGGAGGAAACAGAGCCACGAAAAAGGUCUGUCAGCAUACACAGAAAUCACAGAUAUGACUCGUUCUCACGAGAAAGCCUUAGAAACAUGCACAGUACUUCAUUCAAUCAGUCCUCUCUGAGCUAUAUCGACACUGGGAUGAAACAACCGGAUUUUAAAUUCAGCCAUUCUCUUCACGAUAGUACGAAUAGUGUGCCAACGAUAGCUAAUGCGCCUUCAAGUUUCCGAAUAGAAGAAUCACCCGAUAGUGAUAACGGGCUGAUACCUCAGGCAUCAAACCUAAGUUCACCAAACAACGGUAUGAUGACGCGACCCAUGGAGCCAACUUCGAGUUUCAUUUCUGAGAUCGACGAAAUAUUAGGAUGUAACAAUAAUGACGAUGUUCAAUCAUUAUUUUCAGGACCAUCUAUUUGUAGGGACAUGACCAACGAAAUUAAUGUAGAUGGUCCAUCAAUUACCCAAAAUGCUAAACUUUCACCUGCAAUGAGCUCGGAGCCUGCAAGCGAUUUCAACUUUAAUGAUCUCGAUAAGCUAAUGUCAGAUUCAUAG